AUGGACGUUUGUAAUCGUGAAUCUCGAUUAUACGAGCCUUGUCGUGGGAAAAGUUUAGGGGGAGAAAAUUUUCGACACGAAAAGGUUUCUACACUUCGAGAACUCAUCGAUGCGUUACACGAUGCUUUCAAGACCGACCACGUGGACAUCGACCACGUUCAAGACUUAAUGGAAUCGUAUAAGAGCAAUCCAUUGGAGUGGAAGAAAUACGCAAAGUUUGACAGAUAUAGGUAUACAAGGAAUUUGGUCGAUGAAGGAAAUGGAAGGUUCAAUCUUAUGGUGUUAUGUUGGGGUGAAGGUCAUGGAUCAGCUAUUCACGAUCACGCAAACGCGCACUGUAUUAUGAAGGUUCUUCAAGGAGAACUUUGCGAGACACGGUACGAAUGGCCUUCCGUCUUGGAAAAUAAUGAUACGACGAAAGAAUCCGAGAACGAAUUGAAAGAAUUAGAGAGAAAUACACUCGGGCUCAACGAGAUCUGUUACAUCAAUGAUUCUUUGGGAUUGCAUCGGGUUGAAAAUCCGAGUACUGUGAAUCCUGCUGUAUCGUUACACCUCUAUUCUCCACCAUUUUCAACGUGUUCUGUUUUUAAUAAACAAACCGGACGUAGAAGUGCGUGUACGGUAACGUUUUGGUCUAAGUACGGAGAAAAACGAAACCGGGAAAUUCAAAAUACUCGAGAUCCCGAAGACAAUUAA